UUUCAAACGGUAUUCACGUCAGAAAGAUGCCUACUGCAUGGGCGCACCCUUGCAACAGUCCGGCCGGUGUGCUGCCAGGGAGAGGCUUGCUGCUUUUUGGCGGCAGCCUUGCUCGAGCACACUGCCAAGGAGUACCAUUCGAGGGUGUUUGUCCCUAGUUAUCGGGGCUGUGACAGCUCAGAGAAAGAUGCAUGCAUGGUGAGCAGUGUCCUGCAUUUGCAUGCACGGAGCCGCUGCGGCCUCCAGCCAAGUAGAGACUUCUGAGGCAAAGUCCUCAAUUUGAUGUGAACGCUUUUCUUUACCUUUGUUGCAUCUUCCUGGGGGAAGGUCAGUGCGGGGAGCAUUGCAGGGCGCUGACAGAUCUUUCCCAUGUGUCAGACUGGGAAGGCUCUGAUCUGUGACUGUAGCGGUGCUCAAUAACUCGAAACUGAAAAUGUGGCGACCUGCGUUGCUGGGGUUGGGUGCGUGGGUGUUUGUCAAACCUCCCUCGUCACUUGCCCUGGAUGCGCAUGGUCAGAAGAUGAUGGUAUCCCAAUGCCAAUGCUUAGGUGUACAGUGCUAUGCGUGCUUGCUGUCAAAGGCAGUGUUGUCUGUGUUCUAUGUCAGCUCAUGGCUGUUGCUGCUGUGACUUGUCGACAAUCUGUUGACUUGGUCAUGGGGAGUUUCAGUCCGGGGUGGACUCAAAAGGGUACUGCACAUACUUAAAGCUUGCCGGAUUUGAUUCUAAGAAGGAAAACCAUGUGGUACAAAUUACCAUCUGCUGCGAUGCCUGCAGAUGCUGAUAAUUAAUGUGUGCGAGAUGGAAGGAAGGUCUGCGCCUGUCCUGCUAUUAAAGUGCAAUAUCUUUGUUUUAGCAAGAUUGCUGCCAAUAGGCCGCUCCAACAAUUUGGAGUGGCAAGAGAAAGAGGGGUGCUGUGUUGUUUGUAGUGCGGACUCCUGUACGGGUUUUGAGAGAUUCAUCAAGAUUGCUGCUUAUUUGGCUAAGUGAUGUAGCGUCACGCCACGGUGGUGGGGAAACUGCUUAAUUUAUAGUACUGCCAUUGCUUCCUGAACGUCAACAAUCAUGUGUCAUGGAUGAGAAGCCUACUAUUGUCUGCUAACGAUCCUAAGGUCGAGCUGUUCUUGUUUAUACAAAUGAAUGGGCAUUAACGUUGUACUACUGUUGGUAUACCACCAUUAUGUAACCACUUGAUGAGUACUC